GAUCCAUGAACACUGUCGUAGUUUGUGUAGCAUUUUUCUACUGUAAUCACUAAAAAUAAUAUAAAACAUCCUUUAGUGUCACACGGUGUUGAAAUUUAGGUGUACAAGAAAACAAGUUAAAUGUAAAUGAAAGCGUGUAAACUAAGGUAAAAAUAAGAAUGAGGAACUGUACUCUCAUGCGUUUCUGUGUCGUCUUGGUCAGCAGUCUGAAUCAGAGCUGUUAUAAGAAAUGCACUAGAAAUUUGAUGUUUUACAAAUAUUCCAGCGUCUGAAAACUUCUCAGCAGUCAUGUCACGGAAGCUAAAGGAGUAAGUGCCACCAUUAAACCACAAGAGGCAAGCUAUUAUACUCUUACACAGAGAAAUUGUUUUGAUCCCUCUUUGUUCAUAUUUAUCUAUGAAAAACCUUUUUAAAAAGCUUCAGAAAGCCACAGAGUUCUCGCAUGAUGAGGAUGCACAUCCUCCCAGAUAAAUAAAUAAAUAUCAUUUACCUUAAUUUCUGGUUAAUACAUAGAUACUUCAAUUUCUGGUGGUAUUAAAUUGAGCAUUUUUUGCUUAUGGAAUAAUGUUGGCUGCAAAGACUAACCUAAGACUAACCUUUGCUACAGCUGCAAACCUUACGGUGAAAACAGGAGAGUUGCAGAAUAUGGUGGUGAACCUCUGUCUGCCACACUUUUCAACAACGGCUCAUUGCAACAAGCUCUGUGCAGAUGGCUAUGAUGUUACAAACAUUGUGUCAGCAGACCCUUCACUACGGAAACAAGGCUUCAAGUUGGAAUACUUCUUACGUCCACCCUUGCAUGUGACAUUGAAGUUUGGCUUCCCGGUGGAGCUCAGCCGGGUGGAUGUGGAGCUGUGGCCCUGGGGAAUGGACCGGGGCCAAGCCUGCAAAAGACUGGAGAUCAGCACAAGUUCAGAUAUCAGUGCUCUGUCAUGUCCUGGGCAGAUUCAUCGACAGGAGCAGAGUAAAAACCAGGCAAAAGACCAGACCAUAAAGAUCAGGCAGAAGCAUCAACCUGUUUCUAGUCGGUCUCAGCAGAGUAAUGGCAAUCAGUGGAGUAUUCAGGCCCAACAGUGGGAGGAAAAAGCUCAAGAUGGGCCUCCACAAACAGACUUCCAAUCUCAGUCGAGCUCUGAAUCAGAGUUCAAGCAGGUCGCUCGUUGUGAACUCACAGAAGAAACCCAAGUUUCAUUCAGUCAUUCAAACUUUCGUCCCCGAGCUCCGUUCCUCUCUGCUCCUCCUCCACCGCCGGCAAGCAGUCAGCAGGUGAAGCUGUGGAGCCGGGGGCUGCACUCGCUGAGCGCCGUGACGCAGCUUCGUGUCACUGUGCCAUGCGGCGGCGCUGCGUCUUCUCUGGGUCUGAAGGCUUUGGCUGUGUGGGGCCAACCUGCUCGCUGCUGCCCGGCUGAGGAAGUGGAGAGGAUUCAAAGAAUCCAGGAGUCAAAUGAAAGGCGGGUGGAGCGCCCUGUUUUUUUUUCUCCUCCUGUCGGCCAAACAACACACACCCUCCAGAACAGCCUAAGUUUUUCCAUCCCAGAAGAAUUCCUGGAUCCUCUAACGCAGGAAGUAAUGGCGCUCCCUAUGCUGCUUCCCAGUGGAAUGUCAGUGGACGCCUCCACUCUGGAGGAGUACCAGAAGAGGGAAGCCACUUGGGGUCGACCGCCAAACGACCCCUUCACCGGCGUCCCCUUCACCUCCACCUGCCAACCCCUCCCCAACCCCCAGCUCAAAAGCCGCAUUGACCACUUCCUGUUGCAGAAAGGGAUGGUGAGGAGGGACGGGACGCUGGGAGGACAAGACCAGGGACAGAAUCCACAAGCAUCAAGACUCGUAACCUCCUGUGUUCAGGGUCGUUCUCAGACUUCUCCAAGUUUUACUAAGACCUCAAUAAACAGUAACUCUACCCAUUCCACAGAUAAAAACACAGAUACAAGCCAAACCUCUGCUCACACGGCAGUGGAUAAUGAAUCGGGACCAUCAUCAAAUAACAGGAUUGAUAUAUCUAAUAUCAAGCCACUUUCUACAGAUAGUAAAUCAGAGAUGAACAGAAGAAAAAAACGUGAGAUUUCAGUAGAAGCUUCAACACCUGGAAAGCAACUGCCUUCUGAAAGCAAAAAAAUAAGAAAUAAUUCAGGUUUAGAGCUUAGCUCCAGUUCCCACGAGCAGCUGCUCUCAGCCAGCCUGGACGAGGCCCUGCUCUCUGCCUUGCAGGGACGUCCCUCCUUUACUUCAAACUUGCUCCACCAAGCAGAAAGUACAUCUCAGUCGACUGUGUGCCAAAGUUCAGGCUUUGCGAGCUCAUCCACAGAUGGGAAGGUGUGCUCUGACUGUUCCCGUUCAGUCUCAGUUUACUCAACAUCAUCAUCAUCAUCGAUCUACCGGCUGGGAUGCGGCCACUUGCUGUGUCGUGCCUGUGUGCAGAAAGACUCAAAAUCACCAAACUCGACCAAUAAAUCCGGCUGUAUUUUCUGUCCAACCUGCCUGAGUCGUACUCCACACAAUAACAUUUUACGUGUACAUUACUGACAGCAAAAGAUUUAUUGGCGUCAGUUAAUUUUUUUCUAAUUUAAUAAAUGAAUAAAUAUAUUUGUUGUGA